AAGGGUCGGAGUCCUCAAGUUUGUAUCUUAAUAUUACAUCAUCAUGGAUGUGGAUGAGUUUCGUCGUCGCGGGAAAGAGAUGGUUGACAUGAUAGCUGACUAUUACUCAACUAUACGUGAACGUCGCGUGUUGUCUGACGUUCAGCCUGGCUAUUUGAGGUCUCUCUUGCCGUUUACAGCUCCAAACGAGCCAGAGAAAUGGGAAGACAUUGUGAAAGACAUAGAACGAGCGAUCAUGCCUGGAAUAACUCACUGGUUACAUCCACAGUUUCACGCCUAUUUUCCAUUGGGUUUCUCAUUCCCUUCUCUCCUGGCUGACAUGUUAUGUAAUGGAGUGCACACUAUUGGCUUUUCAUGGAUAACUUCACCAGCUGCUACAGAAUUAGAAAUGAUUGUUCUUGAUUGGUUGGGAAUAGCUCUGAAGUUGCCUUCAGAAUUUUUACUACAAAACGAGCAUAGAGAAAGUCAGAAAGGAGGAGGAGUCAUUCAAGGAACUGCAUCCGAGGCAACUCUAGUUGCCAUGCUUGCAGCACGUCAUGAAGCAGUGAAGAAAUUGCAGUUAGAGUUACCAGAGCUAAAAGACCAUGAAGCUCAAGGGAAAUUGAUUGCAUAUGGAUCAGACCAGGCUAAUAGUUCAUUUGACAAAGCCGCCAUUAUUGCUGCAGUCAAACUUAGAAAGUUGCCAACUGAUGAAAAUUUUUCUUUAAGAGGAGAAGCUUUAGAAACCGUCAUUAAAGAAGAUGUACAAGCUGGUUUACAUCCAUUUUAUCUACUGGCAACUCUUGGCACAACAUCAUCGUGUGCUUUCGAUAAUCUGUUAGAACUGGGUCCGAUCUGUCAAAAGUUUGGCUUAUGGAUGCACAUUGAUGCUGCAUAUGCUGGCAGUGCAUUCAUUUGUCCGGAAUACAGGCCACUGCUCAAUGGAGUGGAGUAUGCGGAGUCAUUCAACUUCAAUCCUCACAAAUGGAUGUUGACAAGCUUUGAUUGCUCUUGCUUGUGGCUGAAGCGACGAGCAGCAAUUAUCAAUGCACUUUCUGUUGAUCCUGUCGUUUUGCAGAAUGCAGCAUCAGACUCAGGUCUCGUUGUGGAUUAUCGAGACUGGGAGAUUCCUCUAGGGAGGCGAUUUCGAUCUUUGAAGCUGUGGUUUGUGUUAAGACUAUACGGAAUUACAGGACUACAGCAAUUUAUUAGAAAGCAAAUUCAACUAGCAAAGAAGUUUGAGACACUAAUUCGAUCUUCAGAUCUCUUUGAGUUUCCAGUCAAACCAGUGCUGGGCCUCGUCUGCUUUCGACUCAAGGGCAGCAAUGACUUGAACAAAAAGUACUUAAAAGCACUCAACGACUCUGGCACAAUUUACAUGAUUGGCACAGAGCUGGGAGAUCAGUAUGUACUGCGUAUGUGCAUAGGGUCUACCCAAACAAAAGAGUCUGACAUUGACAUCACUUGGGACAUUGUCAAGUCAAUAGCAAACAACACAGUGGGAAAAUGAAGACUGUGGGACUAUUUAUUAUUUGAUUUUAAAGCUCAGUUUACUAAAUUAUAAAUUUUAGAUGAUAGUUUGUUUAUCUGCAUGUCCAUUUCUCUAAUGACAAAAUAUGCAAAAAGGUAGAAACAGAUUCAGAACAAGAAUGCACAAAAUUAAAAAGAUAUUGAAGUUCUAAUUGAUAUUAAUGAUAUAUUUUAAUAUUAAUUUAAAAGUAGCUUAGAGUCCAAUUA